GGCACUGAUAAGGUUGUUGAACUGUUUAAUGUUGUAGCUGUCGCACCGCGAACGUGAGGAGUAUCCGUGCCUACUUGUUAUUUAAAAAUGUCGAAUAUUCAUGCACUUCCUCUCUUAUUUCUAAAUUUAGGAGGAGAAAUGAUUUACAUACUGGAACAGCGACUACAUGCUCAACAAAUUCCGCAAGACAAAUCAGUGAAAGUUCUGACUGACAUUGUAAGUGUGAUGCUGAAUGAAAGGUUUCUGCAAGAACUCUUCAAGCCACAGGAAAUUUAUAACAAGCAAGCAUUAAAGAAACUAUUUGAAGACCUUGCUCAUGCUUCAAUAAUGCGUUUAAAUACUGCGAGCAUGGAUAAAUUGUAUGAUUUAAUGACAAUGGUGUUCAAGUACCAAGUUUUUAUGGCAUCUCAUCCUCAUGACCUAAUUCUUAUCACACUUAAUCAUUUAGAUGCCAUAUGGAACUAUGUGAGAGUGCCAUCAGUGCAUAAGCAGAUUGUUAUUGUACAUAAAAUGAUAAUGCAACUGUAUGGCCAAAUGUCUGUUGGUGAGCUGCUAGAUGUAAGGAAAAGCAUACUUAAUUUCUUUCAAGAUCUUAAGAUACGUGUUUCUGUGUUUAUGAGACAGAAACUGCAAAACAGUGACGGAAAAUUUGUAAUUGAUCCAUCAGGAUUAGUACCACCAGGGUGUGAUAUUCCUGGUGAAAUACGUUCAUAUGAUGAAACUGGUGAAAUAAAGGAUGUAACAAAAUUUGAUGGUUGUGGAGAUUACCAAGGCACCAGGCAAUUGGGAUCAUUUGAUAUUCAUGGCAAUAGGAAUACAGAUUUGGGCUGUAAUAUAUAUGCAUCUGCACCAGGACACAGUGACAAUUGUUCAGUUUCUACUUGCCACACUGGAGAAGUGCCCUCGAAGCCAGCAUCAGGCGGCUGUUCCAAAGGAGCAGCUAGUGUGAAAGCAGCACAAGGAGAGCUUAAUCUAUUAAUGACACAGUUAUUAGGAAACAGAACAGCUUUUGACUGCAACUCAACAAAAGACCUAAUACACAUAACUUUAUUUGGUACAGAGGUGAACGAAAGAGAGGAAGACGUUCAGUUGAGCAUAAAAAAAGAAAUAAAGAUAGAUGCACGGAGACAGUCCAACUUUGCUGAAUUGGAUGCUGUUUCCAGAGAAAUGACAGUUGAUGAUAACUGUGAAGAAACUCCUGGGGAUUUACUUGAACUUCUUGACAGUCUGAACUGAAAGCUGUUUUUUGUAUUGAUAACAUUCUGCAAGAAAUUUAUGUCCAGAGUAUUAAGAAAGAAGAAUAGAAAAUGUUAAUGAAAAACCAGUUAAAUAUAUUUUUCCUUGUGCCUCAGAAGAAAAAUAGGCGUGAAAAGAAGUCUAAACAGAAGCAGGCAUUUGUUUGUUUCCAAUCUUCUUUAGUGUAAUCUUUCAUAAAUAUAAGUCAUAAUAUAGUUAACACUCCUAAAUUUCUUUGAAUACCUCUCAGGACAGAAACUUUGAUAUAAGGCUUGUGUUAAGGGGUAGCACACUGAUUUACUAUUGCUUGAACAUUCAUUUGUUGUCCAGUGCACACAAUAAAAAUUAAUUUAAGCACUAAAUGUGAGUUUAUAUGGACUAUACUUUAGGAUGAUGUGUGUUUAUGAUAGUAUUACUGCAAUAUAUGACGAUAUUAUGGUACGUGCUUGCAGUAUUGCUAAUGGAGUGGGCUAUUGCUGAGGUGUUGCCCACAAGGUGUGGAGAACAUUUUUGUAUGGCCAUGCCAUACCUGCCAUUGCCCUUCUCUAAAAAUGCUUCCCUCUUGUUAUCAGGCAUCUUUCCUCUUUCUCAUGAUGAAGUGCUGAAGUGUAUAAUAAUGUAAUCUUAACUAUGAAACAAUAUUUCACUGCAGUUCAAAAGUUGGUGAACAUAAACAGAGGCACUUGAUUGGUUUGUUGUCUGCAGGAAACUGGAAGUGGACACAUGAGACAACCAUCAAUCUCACAAAUGUGAUACUUCGAUCAUCAGAACUAUGGAUCAUAGAAAAUAAUAUACAUACAGGAUAUUCUGACUGCUACUGUUAUAUCAGAAUAUCUGCAGCAGUGAGCCGUUUGUCUGCAUAGGUUCUGAAGACUUCAAAAUUACGUGUUAGUUUCACAGUGUAAGUUUCCCCAUUCAUGUGCAGCAACUUGGCAACUUUUUCCUAUUUCUAUUUUUUAUUGUCUCUUACCACAUUAAAUAACUUGGUUGUAAAUUACUGCAUUUACGAAAUUCUGGUAAGCCACAAUGAAAUUGCAAUGUUGAUUAUUAUUUAAAACUUAUCUUAAUGAAUUUGUUGAGGGUGGUGGUGGUAUGUAGAGGACACUUGACAGCAAGGUCAUCAUUGUGAAUUCCUUGAGCCCUUCUACCAAAGCAUUACAAACUUCUGGGAACUGGAGGGACAUUGGUGAGAAAAGCAAAUGCCUGUAUGAAUCACAAGUAGCCAAAAACUGAAACGUGAUCAUCAGUCUGGUUGCAGCUGAUAUACAGUCUCUCUCACAUUGGUAUUGGCCUUAUCAAUUCUCAGAUGAACUGCAUUUAUGAUCUAUCCUAAAGAGCAUUUCUAUAUUCCAGUGAAAUUGUGGAAAAGGUAUAUAUCUAACAGCAGUUUAAAGUGUGGGGAGCAGUUCACUCACUAAUGAGAGAGAGAGAGAGAGAGAGAGAGAGAGAGAGAGAGAGAGAGAUUUAUUUUUCUUGCUAACAGAUUUCCUUUGUGGAAUGCAAAAGCAGGGGAGCCACAGUCACUUCCAAUAGUGGGUUGGGGUUUCUCUGCCCAGGGACUGGGUGGGUGUUUGUGUUGCCCUCAUCAUUUCAUCAUCAUCGUCUUCUUCUUCUUCAUCAUCAUCACUCAUGACAGUGGCUAGAUUGGACUGCGUAAAUAUUGGGACUUUGUAUGGUCGCUGGUGACUGCAUGGUUGUGCACCUCACAAACCGAACAUCACCACCACCACUUCCACUUCUUCAGUUUCAUUCAUCUUGUGGCCAUACUGUGACCCGUGUAAAACAUUUCUGGCCCAGAAAUUGCUGGUGUGUUGCUGCAGUAUUGUGAGCAGUUUGAAAUUUCAAUGGCCUAUGCAAACAUUCAAGUAUAUUAAUAGAAAUAAUUAACAGAAGAUCCAUGUGUACUUAAUAUCAAACAUUAAUUAACUUGGAUAACUGUAAAUCUUUGCUAUAACAAUGUUUAUAAUGAGCAAGACUAAAUUAAUACAAAAUUUAGAACCUAUUUCUGCCCAACAUGCUUGAUGCAUUAAACUAAUGUGGAAAAUGCCCAUUUGUAAAACAGUAUAUAAUUUUUAUUGUGAUUAUUGUUAGCAAUGGGAAAUCUUUAUUGUACAAAUGUAACUUCUUGCCUCUACAUUCUCAUGAAAUGGUUCCCAAAGAGAGUUUUGAAAAGUAUGUUAUUUGGACUGUAAUACAUAAAAAGGUUUUUAAAAAAUAAUCCAGUCAUUUUCUACAAAAAGUUACAAAUGAGCAAAAGUUAUAAAAAGAAUCCAUUUUCUAAAGUUUGUUGCCAUCAAACAAGCAUUUAGAUAGUUGAAUAAUACACGGAGGGAAUGUAACUGAGAUCUCGAUUGCUAUAACGCACAAAGAUAGAGAAAUAAUUUUAGGUUUUAUUUGUGAAA